UUGACAGUAUGGCGGCGGGGUCCAGCUGGAAGGAUGCUACCGUUGCCCGUGAUGUGUCUUUCGCCGGCAGGACGUAAAUGGAAUAUUGACGGAAAAAGAAGAGGAUUUAGCGAGAAAGGCCUGUCGCCGUGAAGCCCAAGAUGGCCAGGCUCGCCGACUACUUCGUGGUGGUCGGUUACGACCUCGAUAAGCGAGGGGGCAGUGAGGGUCAAGGUCGCAUUCUCCAGCGGUUUCCUGAGAAAGACUGGGAGGACAACCCGUUCCCACAAGGCAUAGAGCUGUUCUGUCAGCCCAGCGGUUGGCAGCUAGUCCCCGAGCGGCAACCUGCCACCUUCUUCGUAGCGGUUUUGACUGACAUCAACUCAGAGCGUCACUACUGUGCCUGCUUCACCUUCUGGGAGGCCUUGGACAACCCGCAGCUGCAGAGGGCCGAGGCCAGCGAGGCGGAUGAAGUGGACGAGGAGCCGGCCGUCGUCCAGCCAUCCCAGGUCUUCGCCCCCAAAAGCCUGGUGCUGGUGUCUCGACUGGACCACACCGAGGUCUUCAGGAACUGUCUGGGGCUGAUCUACACUGUCCACGUAGACGCCCUGUCUGUCCCCUUGGAAACCGUGAUCGGAAAUCUACUCACCUGUGUCAUUCCCAUCGCCGGAGGCUCCCAGCCGGGCCAGGAGGAGAGAGAGGAGAGUUUGAGGACUAUAACACUUGGGGCCGGUGACCGACAAGUUAUCCAGACUCCCAUCAACGACUCCCUUCCCGUCAGCGGCAGCAGCGUCGCCCAGCUCUUCAGACAGCUCGGUAUCGUGAACGUUCUUUAUCUGUUCUGCGCCGCUCUGACGGAACAUAAGAUCCUGUUUCUGUCCAGCAGCUACCAGCGUCUGACGGACGCCUGCCGGGGACUGCUGGCCAUCAUGUUCCCCCUCAAAUACAGCUUCACCUACGUUCCCAUCCUGCCAGGGAAACUCCUCGAGGUCCUCAGCACUCCCACGCCCUUCAUCAUCGGUGUCAAUUCCUUCUUCCGCUCUGAGACACAGGAACUGCUGGAUGUGAUCAUUGCGGACCUGGACGGCGGCACAGUGACCAUCCCGGAGUGUGUCCACAUCUCGCUGCUGCCUGAGCCGCUCCUCCAGCAAACCCAGACUGCACUGUCCAUGGUGUUGGACCCAGAGCUGGAGGUGGCUGACCAUGCCUUCCCCCCGUCGUCCACGCAGCCCUCCGCACUCAAGAUCCAGGAUAAGGAGAUCCGGGCGGUCUUCCUGUGGCUGUUCGCCCGGCUUUUCCAAGGCUAUCGCUGGUGUUUGCACAUCAUCCGCAUUCACCCAGAGCCGGUGAUCCGCUUCCAUAAGGCUGCCUUCCUGGGCCAGCGGGCGCUGUCCGAGGACGACUUCCUCAUGAAGGUUUUGGACGGCAUGGCGUUCGCCGGCUUCGUGUCGGAGCGCGGGCCUCCAUACAGGACCACCGACCUGUUUGAUGACCUGAUAGCCAAUCAGGUGGAGCGGAUACGGCAAGAAGAGGCCUGCCCACACAAAGUCAUGAACCACAUCAAGGAGCUGGCGGAGCAGCUCUUCAAAAAUGAGAAUCCGUACCCGACGGUGGCGAUGCACAAAGUCCAGCGGCCGUCAGAGAGUCCCGGGCAGAACCAACCCCAGAACCAGACGCCCUUCCCUCCGCUGGACGAAGUCACAGUGCAGCUCUUCAUCGACCACGCCGCCGCCAAGCUCAAGACGGCGCCGCCCGUCGUCAAGGCUGAGCUGAAGGGGAUGGUGCCGUCUGGGCCGCCGCUGGGAGACAUCGUGGACAGGAACGGCAACGUGCUGGCCAACAGCGCCCGCAGGCUGGAGGUGGUCAGGAACUGCAUCACGUACAUCUUCGAGAACAAGAUGCUGGAGGCCAAGAAGCUGAUGCCGGCGGUCCUGCGGGCGCUGAAGGGCCGGGCGGCGCGGAUUUGUCUGACCCAGGAGCUGAACCAGCACGUCCUGCAGAACCGAGCCGUGCUGGACGACCAGCAGUUCGACUACAUCGUCCGCAUGAUGAACUGCACCUUACAGGACUGCUCCCAUAUGGACGAACAUGGGAUUGCAGCCGCCCUCCUUCCCUUGGUCACAGCUUUUUGCAGAAAACUGGGCGCGGGCAUCACUCAGUUUGCCUACAGCUGUGUGCAGGAGCACAUGGUGUGGACCAACAUGCAGUUCUGGGAGGCCAUGUUCUACAGCGACGUGCAAAACCACAUCAGAGCGCUCUACCUGGAGGUGGACGACGGAGAGCCGCACGCCAACUCUUCACAGGAGCAGCAGGACGGGGGCCGGGAGGUGGUGAGCGCGCUGGAGCUGGCGUCGGAGCAGAGCCGGCUGUGGCCGACGCUCAGCAAGGACAUGCAGACGGAGCGCGUGCAGAAGGAGGAGAGCACGGUGUUCAGCCAGGCCAUCCAUUACGCCAACAGGAUGAGCUACCUGCUGCUGCCGCUGGACACCAGCAAGAACCGGCUGCUGCGCAGCUCCGGCCUCGGAGACGUGGAGAGCGUCAGCAACAGCUACGUCACCAACAGUAUUGCCGGCAGCAUGGCAGAGAGCUACGACACAGAGAGCGGCUUCGAAGACGCCGAGAGCUCCGACGUGGCGAACUCCGUGGUGCGUUUCAUCAACCGCUUCGUCGACAAAGUGUGUAAUGAAAGCGGCGUGACCAACGAGCACCUAAAGGCUCUCCACACCAUGAUACCAGACAUCGUGCAGAUGCACAUCGAGACGCUGGACGCAGUCCAUCGGGAGAGUAAGAGGCUGCCGCCGAUCCAAAAGCCCAAGCUGCUGAGGCCGACUCUGCUCUCCGGGGAGGAGCUGGUGAUGGACGGCAUGCGGGUUCACCUGAUCCCCGACGGCCGAGAGGAGGCCACGGGGCUGAUGGGAGGCCCACCGCUGCUUCCCGCCGAGGGCGCCAUCUUCCUCACCACCUACCGGCUCAUCUUCAAGGGCACGCCUUCCGACCCGCUGGUGGGCGAGCAGGUGGUGACUCGCUCCUUCCCCAUCGCCUCCCUCACCAAGGAGAAGAGGAUCUCAGUCACUUUACCCAUGGAUCAGUUUGUCCAGGAGGGACUGCAGCUGCGAUCCUGCACCUUCCAGCUGAUGAAGAUCGCGUUCGACGAGGAGGUGGCGUCGGACCUGGCCGAGGUUUUCAGGAAGCACAUGCACAAGCUGCGCUACCCUCAGCACGUCCAGGGCACCUUCGCCUUCACGGUGGGCCAGUGCGGCAAGCUGGUGGUGGAGCACAAGGCCAAGGACAAGAACCAGUCCAUCAAAACACUUUCCAAAAAUCUGGUGAAGAGUGCCAAGCGGACCAUCGGCCGCCAGUAUGUGACCAGGAAGAAAUACACCCCCCCCACCUGGGAGAACAGGAGCAGCUUGCAGUCGGAGCUGGACGAAGAUGAAAUCUCAGUGUCGGAGGAGCUGGACCAGAGCUCCCUCACUCUCUCCUCCACCAUUCGCUCCUCGGACAGACAGACCAUGAGUAACGUGGUGGAGCGUGCCUGUUGCCGUGACUACCAACGUCUGGGUCUGGGCACGCUCAGUAACAGCCUGACCCGCUCCAAGAACGAGCCCUUCCGCAUUUCGACCGUCAACCGCAUGUACACGGUGUGCAGGAGCUACCCCGGCCUGCUGAUCGUGCCGCAGAGCAUCCCGGACUCAACCAUCCAGCGAAUCUGCCGCUGCUACCGGCAGAACCGCUUCCCUGUGGUUUGCUGGAGGAACUCGCGAACCAAGGCCGUCCUGCUGCGCUCUGCAGGGCUGCACGCCAAGGGGGUGGUGGGCUUCUUCAAGUCCCCCAACGCCCCGACUGCAGUGCCGUCCCAGGCCGACUCCACCAGUCUGGAGCAGGAGAAGUACCUGCAGGCCAUCAUCAGCUCCAUGCCCUCCUACAGCGAGACCAGCGGCAGGAACACACUCAGCGGCUUCACCUCCACACACAUGAACACCUCAGACUCGUCAGAUAAACUGCGGCAGCCCAAGAUCGGCGCUCUGAUGAAGCAGGUGAUGGGAGCCAAGGAGGACGUGCCGGGAACCUUCAGCCGAGGAGCUCUGGGUCAAAGGGCGAGGGUCAUCUCCCUCUCUCAGCCCAAAGUGUCAGGCAAGGCCAGGAACCCUCCUAGAGGUAAAUGGGGCAGUAUCCGGGGCAGCGGCCGUCUAAGUGCCUACAACCCAGAGGUGGGGAACCGUCUGGCAGGGAAAGAGUCUCCGCAGCCCAACGGAGGGCCGAGCGACGCGCUGUUCCUGCGGCCGCAGAAAGCUUACCUGUACAUCAUCGGGGACAAGGCCCAGCUCAAGGGGGGGAAGCAGGACUCGUUCCAGCAGUGGGAGGUGGUUCCCAUCGAGGUGUGCGACGUGCGGCAGGUGAAGAACAGCUUCAAGAAGCUGAUGAAGGCCUGCGUGCCCAGCUCGCCCAACAGCGACCCCAACAUGAGCUUCCACCGCUGCCUGGAGGACUCCGAGUGGAUGACACUGUUACAUAAGGUCCUGCAGGUGUCUGUCCUGGUGGUGGAGCUCCUGGACACGGGCUCGUCGGUCAUGGUCAGCCUGGAGGACGGCUGGGACGUCACCACACAGGUGGUGUCCCUGGUGCAGCUGCUGUCUGAUCCGUACUACCGGACCUUCGACGGCUUCCGGCUGCUGGUGGAGAAGGAGUGGCUGUCGUUCGGUCACCGCUUCAGCCACAGAGGAGCGCAGACGCUGGCCAGCCAGAGCAGCGGCUUCACCCCCGUCUUCCUGCAGUUCCUCGACUGCGUGCACCAGAUCCACCUGCAGUUCCCCAUGGAGUUUGAGUUCAGUCAGUACUACCUGAAGUUCCUGGCCUACCACUACGUGUCCAACCGGUUCAGGACCUUCCUGCUCGACUCCGACUACGAGCGCAUCGAGCUGGGAGUGCUGUACGAGGAGAAAGGCGAGAGAAAAAACCCGCAGGUGUGCAAGUCCGUGUGGGAUUACAUCGACCGACUCCACAAGAAGACGCCCAUCUUCUACAACUACAUGUUCUGUCCUGAGGACGAGGAGGUGCUGCGGCCCUACAGCUUCAUCUCCAACCUGAAGGUGUGGGACUUCUACACGGAGGAGACGCUGUCGGAGGGGCCGUCCUACGACUGGGAGCUGGUGAGGGGCCGGCAGGAGCGGCCGGCCGAGGAGACGCCCGACAAGCCCGACACCAGCGGCCCCACGUCGCAGCGCCAGAUCGUCUGGCCGUGCUACGACAGCCGCAGCAAGGUGGUGCCCGACGCCAUCACCAAGCUGCUGCAGGACCUGCAGACUCUGGAGGCGGAGCUCGGUCAGGCGUCAGAGAAGUGGAAGGACACCUGGGACAAAAUUAAGACCACACAGCGCACCGAGACCAAACUGGAGAGCAGGCCGUCGUUCUCCAGCUCCCUGCUGAUGUCAUCCAACCUGAGCCACCAGCGGCGCUCGCAGGGCGUCUACCUGCAGGAGAGCGGCGUGGGAUCCUCCAUCAACCUGGCUCUGGACUGCGAGGCCAGCGCCACGUCCACGCCUGUCGCGGGGCGGCCGAGCACGAGCACCCUGUACAGCCAGUUCCAGAGCACGGAGAGCGAGAACAGGAGUUUUGAAGGCAUCCUGUACAAGAAAGGGGCGCUGCUGAAACCAUGGAAACCACGGUGGUUUGUGCUGGACAAGACCAAGCAUCAGCUGAGAUACUAUGAGAGCCGGCAGGACAAGGAGUGUAAAGGAGUCAUCGAGCUGGCCGAGGUGGAGUCUGUCAUUCCAGGAACGCCCACCAUGGGAGCGCCUAAAAACAUCGAGGAUAAAGCCUUCUUCGAUCUCAAGACGACCAAAAGAGUGUACAACUUCUGUGCCCAGGACAGCCUGAACGCACAGCUGUGGAUGGACAGUGUUCAGAGUUGCCUGUCAGACGCCUAGAGAGAAGGCGGGACUCUUAAAGGACAGGAGCGACCCAUCUAGGAAUGAAUGAGCAGUGCUGAGGCACCUGACGGACAUCUCGCCCCGGCCCGCCCCGCCCGGCCCGGCCCAGGGGAAGAUGGGAGCGGGCCCGGGGAGGGGGAAGGGGGCCUUUCUGCAGUUAAGCUCUGUUCAGUGUCGGUAGUGUUGAACUAAUACUGUCGCGUCACAACGUUUCAGUGUUUUUGUUAUAAAAAAAAAAAAAAAAAGAAAGAAAAAAAGAAAAAGACAACUAGUCCCUAAACAACCACUCGCUGUCGUGUCACCUCGUCGCUGCAGCCUCUCCUCCUCCAGUCUGACCACUAGCAGCUUGCAUAAAUGAAGCAUGUCGUCGUCUGUUACGCAAGCUCUGCAGGACACUUCCUCACUAAAAUUAACACAAACCCCCCCGGGGCGUCCUGCAGCGAGGACCAGCAUGAAGACCUGUCCAGACCCUCCACCUGUAAAACCACAACCCUGUCCCACUAAACACACACACACACACUCUUUAUACACUCAAGGGAGGAAUGACAGAGCUGCAUCGCCCUUCAACCCAGACAUGUGGAUGAUUCUUGCUGUUGUUCAUGAACAGCAAGCGGUGGCAUCUCCCUUUAAUAUCCAGCAUGGCAGACCCCUCUCCAGAAGGAUGUACCAGAUCAUUUUUUGGGUUGAUCGACCAAACUGCCCUGACUAACGCUGAACUGAGCAGCCGACAGCUCCUCCUCCCUCCGCUAUCGUUUCUCUCUGCCUCUCACUGCCUGAUGUAGCCGAUUUAUAUUUAGAGGAAGUUCAACACCCACUAAAAUGUGUCGCUGUGGCCGAGGCCUUUCUCAACGGUUCAUGAAGGAUUUUAUUUUUAUCCUGCUUUGGUUUUGUUUUUCUCAAAAUCUCAGAUUUUUUGCAUCGGAAGGAGAUCCUCAUCUCCUCCCACGGAGUUGGCUGACGACGACGAUGCACUGUGAAGGCCUUUAGUGAUCAAACCAGGAGAGAUUUAGUGUGUCAGGAGAACGUACCUUCACUUUUCAGAGUGUUUACAAAACGAGGCUGUGGACAAACACCUCCCUCACUAAGCUAAGCUCCUCCUCUCCCUGAGCUUCUAACCAGUUCAUCUUACAACCACUAUUCAGACGUUUUGUUUGUUGUUUUUUAAAGGAUGCCGAAGGAAAAGGGAGGGAUGUAUUUUGAUGUGGGGAUUUACAGAAAAGUAUAAAAGAGAUCUGGAAGGUGAAGUUUGCUAAGUUAAAGGUAAGGAUGGGGGGUGGGGUGGGGGGGUUAUGGCGCAGAAGGUAUUAUGGGAUGCCUUGGAGAGAUGGGGCGCUGGCUGCCUACAACAUCCAAACCUAAAUGUUGGGAUGACAUCACCGUGGCCCUCUGGAAGUGCUGGGAUUGGGUGGAAGAGAACGGGACAUGUCGAUGAUGCCAGGACGGUGCUCCAUCCAAUCCGAUGGAAGGUUUCACCAUCAGCUGAGAGGACGGCACUUUGAGGGGCGUGUCUGCACCUUAUCGGUGCUGCGGAUGUGCAGCUGUCACCUGAGAUGGGCCAGAAGUGAGAUCUGUUCUUGUUGGCUACCUUCAUCAUCAAAAAAACGAUGGGUUUAAUUCAGAACAUCAUUCAUCAAAUCUUUUUAACAAGUUUUAAAAUCCUCCGGGUGCAAUCUGAUUCAUCAGGCCAUAACAGCCUGUAACAGUUAUACUAAUAACAGGUUUAGCAUAAAUCUGAUUAGUGUGCAUGAAAAGGGUAUGAAUUAAAGUACUGUGCCUAUUUGCUGUCCAUAUUAAUGUACGGUGUUUUUAUAAUACCGCCUGUUAAUGAAUAUAUCUAAUCAUAAUUAUGCCCACAGUGGCCUAUGAGUAGCUAGCAGCAGCUUGAGUGGAAUUGCUUUUUUUUUUUUUUUUUAAUGAAAGAGUGAUUUAUUGUUUUUUAUUCUCAAAUUAUUUUUUUCUUCCUUCAGGAUUUUACCCCACUUUAAAACAUGAAAGUUGGAUCAUUUUGCACCUGGAAGAUUGUAAAAACUUUAAUGGAUAAAAUUCUGAGUUAAACACAUCAUGGAGUUGAUUAUUUAAGUAGCUGAUGAUGUCGGCUGAGUCUCAUUUCUGUUGCCAGCUGCACGUGCGUGGUAGUGAUCAGGCGACGGCAGACGCACACGGCCGAGCAGAAAGCCCCGCAGCAGCAGCAGCAGCAGCCGCCGAGGUUGUUAAAGCAUCCACAUUGUUGUUAUUCAGUGUCCAGGAUAUUAAUCUAUUCAACAAGACACCGCCGGGCCUGUCGGGACUCGUUUUAACUGUUUAAAGAAGCAUCAGCGGAUAACAUUUCAGCAACUCUGUCUCUCCACUCGGGCUCGUGUUUUUAGUUUGUGCCUGUUACGUCGUGUCCUGAAGCUUGUACAUAGAGUCUGUCUAGAGAAUUAUAGAGAAAGAAAAUGUUUAGCUGGAUUCUGUGAGGUUGCAGAAGUAUUUUUUUUCUUUUUUUACUGCUACAGAACCUGGUUAGUAGUUGUAUGGAGACCCCCACACACAUACACGCACACACACACAAAAAAGUCACCCACUCGUUAACACAAACCCACCCUGUUAUGUAAGAUAUGGUUAUACUGCUGUCUUGUUGAACAUAAAAUUUGAAUUGUAGAUUUUUUUUUCAUGUCUAAUAACUCCUUUUGUAUAUACUACUCCAGAUUUGUAUGUAACGUUUAUGGUAGUAAUUUAUUUAACUGUCUCUCCAGUAAGAAACCUCCUCAAGCACCACUUUAUUUUUUAAAUUAGGAAUCCAAUGUGCCAUUUGUUUAUUUCUGUAUUAAUGUGACUAAUUCUACUACUUUUUUUGAAGAAAAAAAUGUACAAGUAAACCCUCAAUGUCUUUUUUUUUUUUUUUUUGUUAAACACGGUUGUCCUUACUCAAUAUCACCCCUAAUGCAAGAGUGGAAAUGGUGUGUUUGUGUAAGAGUGAGCCUCUCCAGCGUGAGCGGCUUCUUUUUUUAAAGGCUGGCUGAAUCUUACUGUGUUGCUCAGCCACAGUGACGGGAUGUUUUGGAUAUAGAUUAUGGUCAAAAAUAAAUCUUAACAGCCACAUGAAGUCUUCCCGGUCUUGGGUAUCUGUGACUGGCAUGGUUUCCCCUCACCAGUGUAAAUUCAUCGAUGACUGUGUUCAGAGAAAGAUGGGACUCUUUCUCAAUUAGAGCUGCAAAAUUGUCUAACAAGCAUAUAUUUUCAACAAUUACCUGAUUUUUUUUUAAAAGAUCAGCAAUACUGUAACACUCAAAAUAGUAAUAGUAGUGAGGAUGCAGACAGAUGCCAGAGGUGAUGACUAAAAACUGUUACAUAACAAAAUAAUGUGUAUCAGCAUUUCAGCUGCCACUGUGCUUCUCUAUUGCCUGGCUGCAGUGUAAGAGACUGUGUUCUCCAAAUUUUAAAAAUAAAUAAAUUUCUCAUUUGCAGUCCUCAAACUCAAGUAGAUUGAUCCCAGUAAAACUAGUCCUGUGAAAUGUUUUCAUGAGGGCAAAGCUGAUUGAUCUGCUGGAAGAGGAAUUCAACAUCAAGGCUGGAAGUUAGUGGCACGGGACAGAUUUACAGAUUAACCAAUGAAAAAACACAAAACAAUACCUGCCUCACCAUCCAGUCAUAACAACAACAUCAGAUGUCAUUAGGAGCAUGUUGGGGAUUAAAGUGGCGUAGUAAAGCAUGAUAAUGAUGCUGAGAAAAACACGGCAUGUAACCAUCACCAGAAACUGAGCCUGUGGUGUUUGUGUAGUACACUGUAGUGUCGUCAUAGCAACGCGUAUGAGUGACGCAGGGCUGUUCCUCCUCUCUGAGAUGUUUUUGCAGGCAGGAAGGAAUCGGCCGCCGUUUGGGUUUUGUAAUCAACACAGUCCUCGGUGCAGGUCAGGUGAGGAAACCUUGCUGUGUGGCCAACAUCAUUAUCUGGAUGCGCUCAUUCAGAAAACAACCGAAAUAAAAUGUAGGUGAAUCUUAAAUCAUCAUCCUCAGAGGAAGAUGCAGAGCAAACCACGCCUCUGAAACGCAGCUGCCAGCCCGACUGCAGGAAGACUUGAUGUGUCCUUCCGUGUGUUUUGACCACGGCCUAUGUUCACUCCGUUUCAACACCACCUCAUCCUCUCACCCUCAUGUUCUCAUCUCUCCUGACGUCUCUCUGCAUCCAGCAUCUUACCACAUUAACCACAACCAUAUGACAUACCUUCUUUUUUUAAUUUAUUUUUUCCUUUGUUUUAAUUAGAAAUUACCUUCUGAGCCGGGUUACGUUGUCAAUCAUGUAAUAUAUUUUUUAGAAUCAAAAUAAAAACAAUGUGGGUUUAAAUGUU